UCACUAGGUUCGUCGAUCAAAGGCUGUGUCGCUUGUAGCCACAGUGAAUGUAGUGUAGCCCGCUGCUUGAAUAUUUGAAAAGUUUGCAGUGAUUGACACCGAAAAUGUCGUUAUUCGAUGACAAGGGGUCAAGGUAGCCGGGCAAAUACCAUAUGGGAAUUCGAUCAUCAGGCUGAAAACCAGUGCUUCCGAUUGGUCUUUAAAAUCACAAGCCGUGCUGUAAUGUGGAAGUGACCGCCGGCGAGGCUGAACACAGGCUGCCACUCCGUCGGCGCGCGACUCGAGUCAUCUUCCCCACCGUACAUCAUGCAACGAGCACGACCACGCACCGACCCAUUUUGCGAGCGACAAUGACCUCCGGCGUCAAACGCUCGAUCUUCAGUAAACCAGCCUGGGCUGCUGCACCCGCCGCCUCCAGCACCUCCAAACUGACAGAAGAACCCGUCUUUGGCCGCAAUCACAUCUACGAAGACAUCCUCCAAGCCGAACAAGCGAAACGCGAGAAGAAGGCUUUGAAGGCUGCACGGCGCGCACACAAAGAGGAUAGUAAGGAGGAAAGUGUAGGCCCCGAGGUCAAGAAGAGAAGGAUUUCGUACGAGCCUGCGACAAAGCGGAAAAUCAGUGCCGAUGUUUCGGAUGUGGAGAACCCUGCGGAUAGAAAUGGAAGGAGGAAUCAUGACGGGCGCGUAACGCGCAGCACGCCGCAGAAGCAGAAGGCAUUGAGCAGUGGCCUCGAGGAGUCUCCUGUCAUCAAGCAUUCGCCCAGUAAAAGGCAGACCAGUGGACUUCGAGUCGACGAGGAGGAUGACGACCUGGAAAUCUGGGCCCCUCCCGAAGCGACCAAGAAGCAUGCGCCGCUCAAAGCGAAGCCGAACCCGCCUUCCGAAGACGACGAGUCCGACGAAGACGAUGAAUACACUCGCGACCUAAAAGCCAAAGCCCGGGAAAAGGCGCGCCUCAAGCGACUGGGCAUAGCUGUCGAACCAGAACGGCCUAAGAUGCCAGUCCCAACAUCCACCACGGCCUCAGCAGUAGAACGUACAAGAUCGUGGAUAGCAGAGCAGACGCAAACCCGUCCUGGCUCAGCCAACUCCGCCCUUUCGCAAGAAUUUGGUCGCGCAACACCAACAUCCGAACAGGAAGAUGACACUCAAGUCAAAAUCCUCAUUCAGUCCGACAUACCCAACACUCAGUCCCUGAUCGUCAGACGCAAGGCGUCGCAGUCCCUCAAGCAGGUCCGGGAAUUCUGGUGCCAGAAGUACGGACUGGACGAGGCCAUCAGCAAAAAGGUGUUCUUCACUUGGCGUGGCACGAGGCUGUUCGAUUCGACUACAAUGCGUGGGAUCAUCCAGAAGCUCAAGCUCGACUACCGCCAACAGAGCGCGAGCGUGGAUCCUACAGGCGAAGACGAUGACAAGGAUCCAAGUGACGGCAACAUCCUGCUGGAGGCUACCACGCCCGAAAUUUAUGAGGAGAAGUUGAAACAGAAACAGCGUGCAGCUAUAGCUGGCAAUGGCGAACACGCGGAAGACGAGGAAGAUAAUUCACCUCUGCCAGUCGAUGAUGGUGCUAUCGUGAUCCAGCUUGUCAGUCCAAACCUGGAGCCGAUGCAUCUGCGCGUGCGGCCACAUACGACUAUAGCCAAGAUCAUGAAAGGCUAUGCGGCGACCAGGAAUGUAGCUGAGGGGAAAACGCCUUGGCUCAUCUUUGAUGGAGACCGCUUGGAACCGGAGCAAACUGUCGAGGAUGCUGGUUUGGAAGAUGAAGACAAGGUCGAAGUCAGUAUACGGUAACUAGUCAAAACACGAGUAUCAUAAUGUGAAAAGGAGCAAUGUAAGAGAUGGAAAAGUUGUUCCAUGAGGUCUUUCUUGAUUGAUUGAUUCAUCGAUUCAACUUGUCAAUUUGUCCAUCUUCCGCGGACAGCAUUGACCUGGAUAGUCCGGCAGACCAGACUGCCGAUGCACUUGGUUGCGGGAACGUAAAACAGCCCGCGUCAUUCGAUCCAUGGGUUCUUCUGCAAUACACCCUUACAGAUUCAUUCAAGCA